AUGGAUCCAACUAAGGCAUCAACUUUUAAACCUGGUAAUGCAGAGGAUGACCCGCAGCCUCCUCUGGUUCCAAAAUCAGCAAUUCCCAAAAAUGGGCCUAUUGAGAAUCUAGUGUUUACGGAUUUUGAUGCGUCGUUGGGUGGGGGGGGUUCUAAAGGCGACAGCGGUAUCAAGAAGCCUGCAGGACGGAAGUCGAUCAAUGGGAAAAAGUUCAAGACCAACGGGGGGAUUCCUUUGCGGCAGGGUGAUGUUGAGUGUAGUUCUGAGGAGUGUUCAGAGUCAGAUGAGGAGAAUGGUAGUGGGAUUGAGGUGCCAUUGUUGAAAAGUGGAUGUCUGGUGGGAAAGCGGAAGCAGCCCGGGGUGGAGGAGUUGGUGGGGGGGAUGGAACGGGAACGGGCGAGUAGUAACUCGUUGAUUCAUCAGUUUCAAACGGCUGAUUUGGAGGAGGUUCCUCGGGGAAUUGUAAGACAGGCUAGAAAACUUGUGGAUUAUGAAUUUCCGGUUCAUAGGCUGAAAACACGGUUGGAGCAUUCGAAUAAGCUGCCCCUGGUUAUUGUUGCGUGCGGGUCGUUUUCGCCAAUCACACAUUUGCAUUUACGGAUGUUUGAGAUGGCUCUGGAUGCAAUUCAGGAGCAGACAAGGUUUGAGGUGAUUGGUGGGUAUUACUCGCCUGUGAGCGAUAGCUAUAAGAAACCGGGGCUGGCGCCUGCCAUUCACCGUGUGAGGAUGUGUGAAUUGGCUUGUGAGCGUACGUCUUCUUGGCUGAUGGUCGAUGCGUGGGAGUCGUUGCAGCCUCACUAUACAAGAACAGCUAAAGUUCUCGACCACUUUAAUGAUGAGAUCAAUGUGAAACGUGGUGGGAUCGAAAACAGCAAGGGCGAGAUGGUUGGUGUUAAGAUCAUGCUUUUGGCUGGCGGUGAUCUGAUUGUGUCCAUGGGCGAGCUUAAUGUCUGGGCUAAUGCUGAUUUGCACCAUAUAUUAGGACAAUAUGGAUGCUUGCUUAUUGAGCGCACAGGCUCUGAUGUCCGUUCGUUCUUAUUGUCCCACGAUAUCCUUUAUAAACACAGGCGGAACAUUCUGGUGAUCAAACAGCUGAUAUACAAUGAUAUUUCCUCUACUAAGGUUAGGCUAUUCCUAAGACGCGGAAUGUCCGUACAGUAUCUACUACCAAAUUCCGUAAUCCGCUAUAUACAGGAGCACGGCCUGUAUGUUAAUGAAAGCGAACCACUGAAACAAGUAGUAGGUGACGAUGAUUAG